AUGCGCAUGGUCGAUAACGGUAUCAAGCCACUAUACGUCUUCGACGGCGCUCCACCCAAGCUCAAAUCUGGCGAGCUCGCGAAGCGGUUUCAGCGCAAGACGGAAGCACACGCUGCGGCUGAGGAGGCAAAAGAGACGGGUACGGCGGAAGACGUUGAGAAGUUUUCGCGGCGGACAGUUAGAGUAACGAGGGAACACAACGAGGAGUGUCAGCGUCUGCUCAAGCUCAUGGGCAUUCCGUACAUUGUCGCGCCGACAGAGGCUGAAGCCCAGUGCGCGGCGCUGGCGAGAGGCGGCAAGGUGUACGCUGCUGCUUCCGAGGACAUGGACACAUUGACCUUCGAUUCGCCUAUCCUGCUGCGACAUCUGACCUUCAGCGAGCAGCGCAAGGAGCCUAUCCUGGAGAUUCACCUGGAUAAGGUGCUCGAAGGCUUGAACAUGGAGCGGAAACAGUUCAUCGACCUCUGUAUCCUCCUCGGCUGCGAUUACCUCGAUCCUAUCAAAGGCAUUGGCCCCAGCACUGCUCUCAAACUCAUUCGCGAGCACAAUGACCUUGAAGGCGUCGUUGAACACAUCAAAUCUCAAUCUUCCAAGAAGCUCACCAUCCCCGACGACUGGCCAUUCGCCGAUGCGCGUUUGCUCUUCCUCGAGCCAGAUGUGCGACCCGCCGAUGACCCAGAGUGCGACUUCAAGUGGGAAGCACCAGACGUAGACGGUCUCGUCAAGUUUCUGGUUGAGGAGAAGCACUUCAACGAAGACAGGGUCCGCAACGGAGCAGCCAAAUUACAAAAGAACAUGAAGACGGCGCAACAGAGCAGACUAGAGGGUUUCUUCAAGCCAAUCGAGAAGACGGCUGAGGAGAAGGCUAGUCUCAAGCGCAAGGCAGAGGAGAAGCUUGAGGAGAAGAAGAAGAAACAAAAGGCUGAUGCGAAGGCGAAGAAGCAGGCCAAGGCUAAGCCAAGGACUGCCGGUUAG